UCCUUCCGCGGCCGCCUUCCCUCUAAGUGCAGUACGGUGGCCGACGGGGGCCAGACGCUGAGGAUGAAUGAAGGCGCUGGGUGCAGACUUCUCCGCAUUUCGUUCUCUGCAGGCUGCUUCUGCCUUUGUGCUGCGGAGCCCCCAUUCUGUCCCCAUCUUAUCGCCGAGCUAGUCGGUCCUAGCGUCUGAGUUCUUGGGUCCCGGAGUCGACUUGGGGGCCACAGCUGGGGAUUGGCGAUCCGGAGAAUCGCCUAGGCCCGACUUCGGACCGCGUUCUCGAUUUCUGCCUCGUCCCGCGCUCGGACGCGGAAUCCCAGUGGGUCCCGUGAGGCUGGAGGGUAGAUCCGAAGGAUCAGGAGUGGUGAUGACUGAGUGUACAGGCCUCCAGUUUGUCAGCCCUUUUGCUUUUGAAGCAAUGCAGAAGGUGGAUGUUGUUCGCCUGGCCUCUUUAAGUGACCCGGAAUUAAGACUCCUCCUGCCCUGUUUGGUGAGGAUGGCACUUUGUGCUCCUGCCGACCAGAGCCAGAGCUGGGCUCAAGAUAAAAAACUCAUCCUUCGCCUCCUGUCGGGAGUGGAAGCUGUCAACUCCAUUGUUGCACUAUUGUCUGUGGACUUUCAUGCUUUAGAACAAGAUGCCAGCAAAGAGCAGCAGCUUAGGCAUAAACUUGGAGGGGGCAGCGGUGAGAGCAUCCUGGUAUCACAGCUUCAGCAUGGAUUGACAUUAGAAUUUGAACACAGUGAUUCGCCUCGUCGAUUGCGGCUUGUGCUUAGUGAAUUGUUGGCAAUCAUGAACAAGGUAUCUGAAUCCAAUGGAGAAUUUUUUUUCAAGUCUUCUGAGCUCUUUGAGAGUCCUGUGUAUUUGGAGGAAGCUGCAGAUGUGCUUUGUAUUUUACAAGCAGAGCUCCCUUCCUUGCUUCCUAUAGUUGAUGUAGCUGAAGCCUUGCUGCGCGUCAGAAAUGGUGCCUGGUUCCUGUGUCUCUUAGUAGCCAAUGUUCCCGAUAGUUUUAAUGAAGUUUGUAGGGGCCUGAUUAAAAAUGGAGAACGACAAGAUGAAGAAAGCCUUGGAGGUCGACGCAGAACAGAUGCCUUACGCUUCUUAUGCAAAAUGAAUCCUUCUCAAGCCCUCAAGGUUCGAGGCAUGGUGGUGGAAGAAUGCCAUUUGCCAGGCCUUGGGGUAGCUUUGACACUAGAUCAUACUAAAACUGAAGCUUGUGAAGAUGGCGUGAGCGACUUGGUUUGUUUUGUUAGUGGUUUGCUUCUUGGAACAAAUGCUAAAGUCCGGACUUGGUUUGGAACUUUUAUCCGAAAUGGACAGCAGAGAAAAAGAGAGACCAGCAGUUCUGUGCUUUGGCAGAUGAGGCGGCAGCUUCUUCUGGAGCUGAUGGGCAUUCUUCCCACAGUAAGAAGCACCCGCAUUGUGCAAGAGGCUGAUGUGGAAAUGGAGCCCAGCGUGUCCGUGUAUUCGGGUCUGAAAGAAGAGCAUGUGGUGAAAGCCAGUGCGCUCUUACGCCUGUACUGUGCCUUGAUGGGGAUCGCCGGCCUCAAGCCCACUGAGGAAGAAGCCCAGCAGCUGCUGCAGUUGAUGAGCAGCCGCCCCCCGGCCACCCCGGCUGGGGUCCGCUUCGUCUCCCUGUCCUUCUGCAUGCUGCUGGCCUUCUCCACCCUGGUCAGCACGCCGGAACAGGAGCAGCUCAUGGUGGUGUGGCUCAGCUGGAUGAUAAAAGAAGAAGCCUACUUUGAGAGCACUUCAGGUGUCUCUGCUUCUUUUGGGGAGAUGCUGCUGUUGGUGGCCAUGUACUUUCACAGCAACCAGCUUAGUGCUAUCAUUGACCUAGUCUGCUCCACUCUAGGGAUGAAGAUUGUAAUUAAGCCAAGUUCCCUGAGCAGGAUGAAGACUAUCUUCACACAGGAAAUUUUUACUGAGCAGGUUGUCACAGCUCAUGCAGUACGAGUUCCUGUCACCAGCAAUCUGAGUGCCAACAUCACUGGAUUUUUGCCCAUUCAUUGUAUUUACCAGCUUCUGAGGAGCCGUUCCUUUACCAAGCACAAAGUCUCAAUAAAAGACUGGAUUUAUAGACAACUGUGUGAAACCUCCACUCCACUGCAUCCUCAGUUGCUUCCUCUGAUUGAUGUGUACAUAAACUCCAUACUCACUCCUGCCUCUAAAUCAAACCCAGAGGCCACUAAUCAGCCAGUCACAGAACAAGAGAUUCUCAAUAUUUUCCAGGAAGUCAUUGGGGGUGACAGCGUCCGCCUGAAUCAGCGGUUCAGCAUCACAGCGCAGCUUCUGGUACUCUACUACAUCCUGUCUUAUGAGGAAGCUCUGCUCGCAAACACGAAGACUCUAGCUGCCAUGCAAAAGAAACCCCAGUCAUACUCUUCUUCUCUGAUGGAUCAGAUUCCAAUCAAAUUCCUGAUUCGGCAGGCUCAAGGGCUACAGCAGGAGCUGGGAGGGCUGCAUUCAGCUUUGCUACGUCUCCUUGCAACUAAUUACCCACACUUAUGCAUUGUGGAUGACUGGAUCUGUGAAGAAGAAAUUACAGGAACUGAUGCCCUGCUAAGGCGAAUGCUGUUGACUAGCAAUGCCAAAAACCACUCUCCCAAGCAACUCCAAGAAGCAUUUUCAGCUGUCCCAGUAAGUUAUACACAAGUAAUGCAGAUUAUAGAACACUUGACUCUACUGUCUGCCAGUGAACUUAUACCAUAUGCAGAAGUGUUAACAUCCAAUAUGAACCAGCUGCUGAGUUCAGGGGUUCCCCGGAGAGUUCUUCAAACAGUCAACAAAUUAUGGAUGGUUCUUAAUACUGUGAUGCCAAGAAGGCUGUGGGUAAUGACCGUUAAUGCACUGCAACCUUCCAUAAAGUAUGUACGACAACAGAAGUAUACCCAGAAUGACCUGAUGAUAGAUCCUCUCAUUGUCCUGAGGUGUGAUCGCAGGGUUCACAGGUGCCCUCCACUGAUGGAUAUUACUCUACACAUGCUGAAUGGUUAUCUCCUUGCAUCUAAAGCAUACCUCAGUGCCCAUCUAAAGGAAACAGCAGAGCAAGAUAGGCCUUCCCAGAAUAAUACAAUAGGUUUGGUUGGACAGACAGAUGCCCCAGAAGUUACUAGAGAAGAACUGAAAAAUGCGUUACUGGCUGCUCAGGAUAGUGCGGCCGUGCAGAUCCUCUUAGAGAUUUGUCUCCCUACUGAAGAGGAGAAAGCAAGAGGGGUCAAUCCAGAAAUCUCCCCAAGGAACAUUCCAAGUGUCAUUACCAGCAGCACUCCGAAUAAGGAAAUGGAGGAAGGGGAAGACAACCUGCUUUGUAACCUUCGAGAAGUUCAGUGCCUUAUCUGUUGUCUGUUGCACCAAAUGUACAUUGCGGAUCCCAACAUUGCUAAACUUGUUCACUUUCAGGGCUAUCCAUGUGAACUUCUGCCCCUGACAGUCGCAGGCAUCCCAUCUAUGCACAUCUGUCUGGAUUUUAUUCCUGAGCUUAUUGCACAGCCAGAGCUGGAGAAACAGAUAUUUGCCAUCCAGUUGCUUUCUCACCUGUGUAUCCAGUAUGCACUUCCAAAGUCACUAAGUGUGGCUCGCUUAGCAGUCAAUGUCAUGGGGACUUUGCUAACAGUUUUAACACAGGCAAAGCGGUAUGCUUUCUUCAUGCCCACCCUUCCAAGCCUGGUCUCUUUUUGUCGAGCCUUUCCUCCACUAUAUGAAGAUAUUAUGUCUUUGCUCAUUCAAAUAGGGCAAGUUUGUGCAUCAGAUGUUGCCACUCAGACAAGAGACAUUGAUCCAAUCAUUACACGUCUUCAACAAAUAAAAGAGAAACCAAGUGGAUGGUCUCAAAUCUGUAAAGAUCCAUCUUAUAAAAAUGGAUCCAGGGAUACUGGAAGUAUGGAUCCUGAUGUACAGCUCUGUCACUGUAUUGAAAGCACAAUAAUUGAAAUAAUAAACAUGAGUGUUAGUGGAAUUUGAAAAAAUUGAAACAAGUAAAAUGAGGCACAUACCCAACAUGCAUCUGCAUCUUAUAACAGCUCUAAACCCAAUAUCUUGGAAUUGGUGAAAUGAUCAGUUCAACACAAAUAUAAUGUAGAACUCUGAGAAUUAUAUUUGCUUGUAUUUGAUUGAUACGUCUUUGGAUCUACUUUGCUGAUGUGUUUAUAUUGUAGCAGCUGAACUUUUUUCCUUGGGAGCACAUUGAAGAAACUUACUAUCAGGAAGGGAGUUUAGUCUUGUACUUAAUUUUUGAAGUGAUACAAGACUGCCAGUCCUUUAAUUUCUUAUUAAUAUAGAUGUGUGGAAAGCCUUAGCUCAUUUGUGAGCUUUAAACAUAUUUCAACAAAGAUGGAAUGACGGAAGGGCGAAAAAAGGGUCUAGGGAAGGGAACAUUUAGGAAUCAAAUACACAAAAAUUGCAAAGACAAUGCAAGGAGUAGUAAUGUGGUUGGAAUUCUAGUUUGUGAAGAAACAAUACUAAGAAGGCUUUAAAAAAGGCAAGGAAGUAAUUUUGUAAAUGACUUCCAUGGAAACACGGACAAGUAUUUAAAGACUUCACUUAUUUGCUUCAGUUUUUCCUAAUAGAUGAAGCCAUAUGUUUAAGGAGAUACUUGAAUCAUUUGGAAUUUCAAGAUAUUUGUUUAAAAAUAUUUACAGAAACAUCUUUGUGCAAAGAACCUGAAAGUACGUCUCAUUUAUUUUAUUUUUUAAGUUUAUUUUUAUAGCCGGGUGUGGUGGCACAUGCCUUUAAUCCCAGCACUUGGGAGGCAGUGGUAGGAGGACUGCCAUGAGUUCCAGGCCAUCCUGAGACUACAUAGUGAAUUCCAGGUCAGCGUGGGCUACAGUGAAACCCUGCCUCGAAAAACCAAAAAAAAAAAAAAAAAAAAAAUAUUUUUAUAAACCUUAUUAACUUAGCUAAUUCUCAGAGGGGAAAAGAUGUAUCAAAUUAACUGAAUUAUAGAGCAAUAAAACCCACUGGAUUGAAGAGCUCUUGGCUUUCAUCAGGAUUAUAAUUCACAUUUUACUUUGAAAAGAUCUUUGAGUAAGAAAGUAUAUUCAGUGAUUGAACCUCAGGAAAAAGAAAAGUGUGGAAAAUACUGUAUUGCUGAAGGAGUUUGCAGUCCUUUACUAAUAACUUCCACUGAUUAAGAGACACAUUUAGAUAAACCAUGAUCAUUUUUUUUAGUGAAGUGUCCAUUGUAGGAGGAAGGUACUUCUCUUUGCUCUCUGAGCUAUACCUCAAUCAUUCCCAACAACAGCAUUUCUUCUUUAAGAAAUUCAGCUUCAGCCUUCCUGCUAGCAAGUAGUCACUUCUCAUUUUCCUUCUUUGUAAAAUGGGGUCACUACUGGCCCUACCUCACAAGGAUGCUCUAUAAAAACCAAUUUAUAGCCGUUUCUAAUCAUGAAUAUCUAGUAUCAUGCAUGGUAGACUAUUUAUAACUUUUUAUCCAAUGCUUAAUGUUCAAUUAAGUAAUUUUGAUGUGAAUAAAAGAAUAUGCUUUAAAAA